AUGAAUUUUAUGCUCUCGGCAGGUGUCCGACUCUGCAUACGAGACGUCAUAGUCAAGCUGCCAGCUGAACAUACUGUGGUUAUGUAUGACGAUAAUCCCAAGUCUCGUGGCAUGGACUUCCCUGUGUGCCCAGAGGAAAGCAUACACCUGCGUCCUGAGAAAAAACUGGGUGACCAAAGUUCUGUAUUCUGCCAGAUCCUGGGCGACUGCCGUCAAGACCAGAAUGUGUGGAUCGACACCAGGACCGCUGUUGCGCGUAUUGUGGAAUACGGACAGUUCCCAGGACAGCCUGGAUUCGUUCGUCCUGGGAAGGCGCGGUAUGAAGAGUGGCAACAACUAAUCCAUGAGUGUACUGUGUCACGCCAGACAAGGAUGUGUGCUGAACGACUAGAGCAGAUUCUCAGGGAGCGGGAGCCUCCGUGCGCCCAGACUCAGAGAUAUCAGUGGCCUAUCAAGCUCUGGAUGCGUCCACAGUACCAAGUCGCUGAAGUGCAGAUAAAAUACCGAACCCUUGGAUAUGACACUCAAGAUCAAUGGGAAUUCAGCAGCCGUCAUGAACACGGUCGCAAGAGACCUCGAGGAACCGAAAACCGUCCUGAAUCGGCAGGAGAGACCUAUUCUGACCCGGGCCCAAAAGUUGAGAUCCUGGAUCCAGAGAAUGUCGCUGAUGCCGAGGAGGAUGUUCAAGGUCACGAGCCGUCAGCGGAUGUUCAAUCACAGACGAGCUGCUCGACACCGGUCUACAGGCUGGAAGCAGAAUAUGCUAGGGUGAUGCGAGUCUCUGCUGAAGAACUGGACCUGGAACCUGCUGUAUAUCUUCGAGAAGGAAGUGAUUUGAUGGCACAGCUACGAGACCAACUUAUCAUGUUCCCGGAAAUUGAGAAAUGUGCCCCAGAAUGUAACAUCGAUGAAGCAAACGUCGGGGUUCCCGGGGUAACAACUCCAGAGAUGGAAGCCAAAAUGAGAAGGAUCCUGAAACGCCAUCGCAGCAUCUUUCUGGGAGAUGGUAACGCGGCUCCGGCCCCGGCUAGGGGCGUAGGGUGUGACAUCGAUGUUGGUGAAGCGAAACCGGUAGCUUUGCGUGCAAGACAGAUAACUGAACCAUUCUUGGAGAAGGCGGAGCUUAUUGAGCAUUCAGAGUGCGAGUGGUCAUCACCUAUUGUGACCGUACUGAAGAAGAACGGCAUAGACAUCGGGAUGUGCAUUGAAUACCGGCUUCUGAAUUUGCUCAUCAAGCUAUCCCGUUAUCCUCUACCACUGAUUGAUGAUCUGUUGGUAGACUUUAAAUCCGCGGUGUGGUUUAUGAAUAUCGACAUGGUGAGUGGAUUCUGGGCGGUGCGAAUGUCUGGACGUGCGAAGUUGAUCUCUGCGUUUGUCUGCCCGUUCGGCCAUUUUCAAUGGCUCAGAAUACCCUUUGGGUUGAGGAAUGUGCCGUUAAUUUAUCAGAGCAUCAUCAACAACUGUCUGUGGGGAUUCGUCCGUCUGCCCCCCUGA